GUGUUCCAUUGAAACUCACCAAUUACUAUCUCUCACUCUUUCUCAGAAGACACAAACCUAAGAUGGCAAGAGCUGGUCUUGUGAUGCUUUGUGCAACUGCAGUGUUGCGCCUUGUGGCACCAAGUUUGGCGACGGAUUACACGGUGGGCGACACGACGGGAUGGGUGAUGGGGAUGGACUACACCACUUGGACGAGUGGCAAGACCUUCUCGGUCGGUGACAGCCUCGUGUUCAACUACGGAGGAGGCCACUCCGUGGACGAAGUGAGCAAGAGCGACUACGACGCGUGCAGCGCCGCGAACGCCAUCAACACCGACAACAGCGGCGCCACAACCAUCCCCCUCAAGACCGCCGGGACCCACUACUUCAUCUGCGGGGCGGCUGGCCAUUGCAGCAGCGGCAUGAAGCUCGCAGUCAGCGUGAAGGCCGGGUCGUCGCCGGCCACCACGCCCUCGACCUCCGGGGGCUCCCCCGCCACCACCACCACGUCGCCGCCUUCGACCACCACCACUCCCACCACCACUCCCACCACCACUCCGACCACAACCGGUUCCGUCACGCCGAAGUCCGAUUCCGGAAGCCUUGCGUCGCCCAUGGUGGCAUUGGUGAUGGCUAGCUUGGUCUGUUUGUAUGAGUUGGCUUUUCUUUCAUGAUUUGCCAGGAUAGGGGCAGUGCACUUUGUCGUCCCACUGAACCAUCUGCGGUUCCGUUGCUUUAAAUUUCAUCGGAUUUGAUUGUUAGGUAUGCGGACCUUCCUUUUAUUGCAAUUGCAGUAAAAUCCGUCACUUAGUAGUGGUCGUACGGGGUGAGAACAUUAGGCGUGUGUGUAUUGUAAUUUAUUCGGUUGGUAUCAGAAACACAUAUAAGAGUCUCAUUAAAAGCUUAA